AUGAUUGCACGCUAACUGAUUUCCAAAUGCAUCCACGCUAAAAGUGUGUUAAACUUCCAUUCGUUUCAAGAUGGGCACCAACUAUUCGUUCAAAUUCCGCAACCAAACCUCGACUAUCUCCACCACUCCAUGCUCGAUCUUUUGCACCAAAACCGCUCAUUUCAAGCUCUUGAAAUCUUCAAGAAACAGAUUCGGGAAAUGGGUGUUACUCAUAUCAAUGAAGUUUCCACUGCUCUUGCUACCAAGGCAUGUCGUGGAGACCCAAAACUUGGGUGUCAAAAUAAUGGAUUUGCUUUGACGUCUGGGCUUGAUUCAUUUCUUUCCGUCUCCAAUUCUUUGAUGCACAUGUACUCCAAAGCCGGAAAAAUCGAUUGUGCUAUCGUUAUUUUCGAGAAAUUGACCAACCCAAACAUCGUUUCAUGGAACACCUUACUCUCAGGGAUUAACAACAGUAACGGUGCUCUGGGUUUUGCUUGUCGAAUGAAUCAUAUAGGGGUUAUGUUUGAUGCAGUAACUUACACUUCUGCAUUAGCACACUGCGCAAACUGUGAAGAAUUUCUCUUCGGAAUUCAGUUACACUCUCUUGUUCUAAAAACCGGAAUGCAAAGUGAAGGUUUCAUCGCAAAUGCACUAAUAAUACUCUACUCAAAAUGGGAACGAAUAGUGGACGCAUAAAAGGUGUUCGAUGAAAUGCCAAUGACAGAUUUAGUGUCAUGGAACACCAUGCGUUCAGGUUAUAGCCAAGAAGGAAGCUACGGAGAGCAAGCAUUCACAGGGCGGUUGGAGGGGGAAGAGGGGUUGAUGUGGCGGAUUCCGGGUAGGGUUGGGAAUGGAAUUGGGACUUCGGUGUUGCAGAGUUUGUUGGGGAAUUAUAAAGUUUAUGGAGAUUUUGAGGUGAGGAAGAGGGUGGGGGGGGGGGGGGGGGGUUUGUUGAAUAUGGAUCCCACGAAAAGUGGUUCGUAUGUUUUGUUGUCCAAUUUGUAUGCGAAGAUGGGGGAGUGGGAUGAGGUGGCGAGGAUUAGGAAAUCGAUGAAAGAGAGGAAUGUGAAGAAAGUUGUUGGGUUGAGUUGGGUAGAUGUGUGUGAUGUGGGUGGAUACUCAUCGACUCAUGUAUUUUCAUCGAAUGAUAUGUCGCAUCCACGAAUGGUGGAGAUUUAUUGGAUGGUGGGGAUUCUAGGGGUGGAAAUUAGAUUUUUAAAGGGAUGA